CACGAGCGUGUCGAGCCUAUUCAUAGAACAUUUUUGUAUCAUACAAAUCCACUGCAUCAGAAUGGCGGCGACCUACGCGCUAAGCUCGAACCCUGCUUGCCGCGCACUUCAACGUAGCCCUACAUCUUGGCGCCUUGCUGGCCUUCGCCCUGCCCAGCCGCGCUGUGCUGCAUCGGGUACAAACGCAGAGUCCACGGGGCCGCUGUCUCGCCGCGUAUUCGCAGUAGGCGCACUAAGCACCACGGCACUGGUGGCGGGUGCCCUGGCGGCCGGCGGCGUGGCGCUGGCGGCCAGCCUGGGUGGCCUGGGUGGCCUGGGCGGCGGCGGUGGCGGCGGCGGAGGCGACCCCCGCACGCUGACUCGCACAGGCAUGGACAAGUUCCGGCGCAAUGAGGUGGAGGGCAGUGUGGAAGACUUUGACCGGGUCAUCCAGCUGGCGCCUUCCAUGAAGCCGUACAUGUGGCAGCGCGGUCUGUCGCUGUACUACCUGGGCCGGUUCGCGGAGGGUGCUGAGCAGUUCCGGAUCGAUGUGGCCGUCAACCCCAAUGACACGGAGGAGUCUAUCUGGACGUUCCUGUGCGAGGCCCAGAUGGUGGGGCCGGAGCAGGCGCGCAAGCAGUUCCUGGAGGUCGGCCGCGACUCCCGGCCGGUGAUGCGGGCCGCCUACGAAUGCUUCAAGACCGGCCAGCCGCCCGAGAAGAUCAUGGCGCAGGUGACGGACAACGGCGGGCACGACACCUUCUACGGCCUGCUGUAUGUGGGCCUGUGGCACGAGGCGGAGGGCGACAAGGCCGAGGCGGAGAAGGCCGUCACCGCCGCAGUGGCCACGCCCUACGCGCGGCUGUCGGGCGACUACAUGGCCAGUCUGGCGCGAGUGCACUGCCUGCGCAGGGGGUGGCAGGUGCCGGGCGCGGGCAAGGCGUGAGGCGGCAAGGGGGUGAGGGGGUGAGGGUUAUGGGGUUGGGAGGGAGGGUGGCGUGUGUGAGUGUGCCGGACAGUACAAGAGGUGGUGCGAGGAGCGGUGUGCGAGCGUGGUGAGAGGGAUUGUGAGGUCUUGCGCAUGUUUGAUUCAUUGAGAUGGAAGAGUGGUCGAGGGGCGGAGGAGGUGUGUUUGAUUCGGAUAUAUCGUCCGAAGCACAGGGGUUGCAUCUUCGGGGACCGGCAAGAAAUUGCCCUCAAUGUAGGCCUUCAGGCGAGAAAGAUUGGGCAU